AUGGCAACUUUGACCAACUUGAGGCAUUUUUAUUUUGGUCCAGAUAUGAUUUUCCCAGUUGGGAUUUUGGGAACAUUGACUAAUCUCAGGUCAAUACCUUUUGUACAUGUUAGUUUGACAGGUACUGGAAUUGAGGAAUUGAGUGCUUUGAGCCAAUUGAAAGACACCUUGAAAAUUCAUAAUUUGGAAUAUGUAACAGAUGAAGGAGCCAGGAAAGCAAACUUGGGUGAGAAGAAACAUCUUCGCAAGUUAAUCCUGAGAUGGGAUCUCCAAGGGCCAAGCAGCAGUAGUGACUCUCACAAGCGUGUCCUAGAAGGUCUGCGACCACAUUCUAAUUUGGAGUAUUUGGAGAUUCAGGGUUUCAUGGGGGUUAACUUUCCAGGCUGGUUGUCACUACUCAACAACUUGAAAGAGAUAAAACUUUGGGGCUCCAACAAAUGUGAAGGAGUUCCAGUAUUUGGUCAUCUACGCCAUCUUAGAGUUCUCGGGAUGUAUGGAUUAUUGAACCUAAAGUGCAUGGAAUCUGAAUUUUAUGGUUAUGAUGAAGUGGCCGCAACUAGUGAAGAGAUAAAGUUUUUGUUUCCUGCAUUAAAAAUAUUACACAUACAAGAUGCAAGAAACCUAACAGACUGGAUGGAGGCGCCUACAGGAAGAGUGAACAUAUUUCCUUCCCUUGAAGAGCUGUCAUUGGCUCAUUGCGACAAAUUGAUAUAUGCUCCUAGUCAUUUUCCAUUCCUCAAGAAGUUGGUGAUAAAGUAUAUGGAUAGAGGAAGCAUGCCAAUAGCAAGUAUUCUAAGCAAUCAACUCACCACUCUCACUUCUGUCGUAAUAAGGGAUGUGAACGGUCUUACUUCUUUGCCAGAUCAGAUGUUUAAAGAUAACAUGAGUCUUGCAUACUUGAGCAUAUGGAAUUGUAUAGAGUUGGCUUCUAUUGGUCCCCAUGGUUUUGGUUGUGGUACUUCUCUUCAGGAUCUGAAUAUUUCAGAGUGUGGCAAUCUGAGGUAUUUCCCUGAUGGGCUAAACCCAACCUCUCUUAGGAAGUUGUAUAUAAGAAACUGCCCUCUGUUAUCUAGUCUACCUAGGGGGCUAGAAAACUCCACAUUUCUUGAAACGUUGGAACUAUGGGGAUGCUCUGAGAUAAUCUCCGUUCCGAUUCCUCCACAUGGGCUCUCAUCUCUCAAGAUUGAAGAUUGUUCACAGUCUAUGAUUCUGUAG